AUGUCCACCACUCCGCCUAUCAAACGAGACCUCUCUUGGACUUUCGAUCAACUCAAGACAAAGUACGACAUCCUCUGGAACACGUAUUCUGAUCAUCACGUGCCGCUUGAUGAUAGGAGUGAAGAGGAUCAGAAGAGGAUUGCCGAGCUUGAGACUUUGGUAGAGGAUUUCAAGAAGAAGGACGAGGCCAAGCUUGAGGAGCAGAAGAAGAGCGAGGCGCGGAACAAGGCAUCGAUUGAGUCGCAGAAACCAUACGAAGGAGACCCACACAAUCUCUAG